ACUUGGAAAGGGGGCGGGAAUCGGGCAGGUUUCCAAAGUGGUUGGCAAUAUGUGGAAGAAAUUGCCGACAGACAGACGAAAGGACUGGAAAGAUAAAGCACAGAGCUUGAGGGAAGACCUUGAUAUAGGAAUAGCAGAGAUAAAAAAAUGUCCAACCUGCAGCACCCAGUUCACAAGGGAGAAGGACUUCAAAUACCACCAGAAAGGAUAUCAGCAAACAAACCUUCAUACCCACAAGGUACUAUACGGUUGUAUGGCAUCGUACCAAUUAUCUGAACCCAUGGAAGAAUCCAUAAGUUCUGGCACAUGUACAUCAUGUUACUGUUCAAACCAAAUUUUAAAUCAUUACAAAUGUUGUGUUAGACUUUAACAGGAAAGAAUGAAUUAAAACUUAUUUACAAUG